CCCACCGCACAUGCCGUUGCUGUUUUGGCUGCUCUGAAUCUGGGAGCUCUGAAUCAUUUACGGUUAUUAUUUUUGAAUCAGUCAAUUUCCAGACUUUAGUGAGAGAAAAACCAACAAACUAUGAUCACCUCCAACCGCUACACUUCGGCGGCCUGCAACCGCACGCCGGAAUCGCUGGACUGGGGCGAGGACGGCCUGAUUUACUUCGCCGCAUGCCACGCGAUUGCCGUCUUCGAUUCCAACUUCCAAGGAUCGUCCAAAAUCGUAAGAACCCUAUACGGUCAUACCGCACGCGUCAACACCGUGAAGAAGGUUCGGAACGUUCCGCCGGCGGAACAAACGGUCGAUUUGCUAUCUGGAUCGGAUGAUGGGACCUGUGUGCUGUGGGAUAGUCGAGAAGGGGUUAAGUACACCCUCAAAGGACACUCCAAGGGAGUGACCCAGGUGGAGGCCAUUUACCACCAACGAGACGGGCUACUGGUGGCCACGGGUUCGGCGGACAGCAGUGUUAAGCUGUGGCGCCGCGAGGGGAACCAGUUUGAGUGCUUUCAAACGAUCGACCUCCGGACGGGUUACUGUUUUGCGUUGAAGUUCUGUACGUUGCCACGAUCUGGAGGAGUGAUGUUGUCCUGCGCGACGGACAACGAUCUGGUUACGCUUUAUGUAGCCUCGGGGAAUCAGUUUGUGGUGGCUGAAAAGUUGGCUGGACACUCGGACUGGGUUCGUGGGUUGGAUUGCGUGACGGAGGGAGACGAUCUGAUACUGGCCAGUUCAUCUCAAGACAGCUUCAUCCGACUGUGGAGAGUUUCGCCGAGAGACCAGGUUCGGGCGCAAAGAUCCUUCGAAGAAUUCUCCGCCGACGAGGACAUUGUCCUCGAGGAACGCGUCUUCAGCGUUGAGCUCGAGGGAACAAGCUUUCACUACGCCCUUUCGCUGGAAUCGGUUCUACAAGGCCACGAAGGGUGGGUCUACGGCGUUCACUUCAACAAACACAACUCCAAGCUUCGUCUGCUGUCCUCUUCAAUCGACAAAACCCUAACAAUUUGGUCACCCUCACCCGAUUCCGGCAUUUGGUACGAAAAUGUCCGCGUCGGUGAAGUGGGCGGUUCCUCGCUCGGAUUCUACGGCGGGAAAUUCUCCCCCGACGGCAAGUCCAUCAUCGGCCACGGUUUCCAGGGCAGUCUGCACCUGUGGCACCAAGAUCCAACCAACCCAACUCUCUGGACGCCCGGAACCAUCAUCGGAGGUCACUUUAGCGCCGUGCGCGACCUCGCUUGGGACCCCCAAGGAGGACACUUCCUUGUCACCCUCUCCGCCGACCAGACGACUCGGAUUCACGCCGAGUGGAGCAAAGCACGGACAUGGCACGAAAUUGCGCGGCCGCAGGUGCACGGUUACGAUAUGCAGUGUUUGGCGUUGCUUUCGCGGUAUCGGUUGGCGAGCGGGGCCGAGGAAAAGAUUGUGCGCGUCUUUCAGGCGCCCGGGAACUUUGUGCAGAACUUCCGGCAGCUUUGUGGUGUGGCGAGGGAGGCGGACGGAGAUGGAGAAGAGAUUCUUAAAUCAACCCCGCAGGGCGCCUCCGUCCCCUCUCUAGGUUUGUCCAACAAACCCGUGUUCAACGUGGACGCCGAGCCGGAACCGGACAAGAAACACGUCAAGGACAUGUACCCGGAGCACUACUUCGUCCCGACGACGAUGAACGCUCCUCCAACGGAAGAGACGCUUAUGCAGAACACCCUUUGGCCUGAGAUGCAAAAACUGUACGGCCAUGGGUAUGAAAUCUACGCGUUGGCCGCUACCUCCGACGGACGGUGGCUGGCCUCGGCUAGCCGGGCGACUUCCGUGGAACAUGCCAAGAUUUUGAUUUGGAACACCUCCACGUGGAAAAUCGUACAGAAGCUCCAAGCGCACCAACUGACCGUCACCCAGCUUGCUUUCGCCCCCAACAACGCCCUCCUUCUGGCAGUUUCCCGCGAUCGUACCCUCUCCGUGUUCCAGAACAAAGAGGACCCCUCCGCGGAAACCUGCGACUUUCAACUGCUCACGCAAACGAACAAGCAAACGAGCGUUCACACGCGGAUAAUCUGGUGCUGCGACUGGGCGCACGACUCGGACCACUUUGUAACGGGUUCCCGCGAGGGUAAGGUUGUCCUAUGGGCGGUACGUGACGGUGAAGGAAGCGUUCCGGUUGCGCGAGCAACGCUAGAUCUAAAGGGGGAAUCGGUGACGGCGGUAGCAUUUGCCAGAAGGACGAUUACGGACGAGCAGCAGUACCUGGUGGCGGUUGGACUGGAAAAGGGAAGCAUUCUGCUGUAUUCGGUGCGAGCCGAGUGGCGGUUGCUGGUGACGAUUGAUCAAGCUUCCGGACAUCACCUGACGGUGAAGAGGCUUGCUUUUCGGCCAUCGACAGGUGCCGAGUUACAGCUGGCGAGUUGUGGCGAUGAUCAUUUUGUACGAAUCUACGAUAUUACGUGUUAAUAAAGUGAUUGUUAUAAAUAUGUACUGAAUU